AUGAGUCUUUGGCAGUGCACACACUCAGACAAAGAUUCUAUUAGGAGCGUUUACUCACAAUACAACACGAUGCCUAAAAAGGACAAGACGAGCAAAAGCAACCUAAAGCAACUGGAGACACCGCCCGGCCCGGUUACCAAAGUUAAAGACGGUGAAAUUGCAAUCUCGAUACAUGCCAAACCCGGGGCCAAACAGAAUUCAAUCACGUCUGUCUCAAUGGAGGCGGUGGGUGUCGCCAUUGCCGCACCACUGACAGACGGAGAGGCCAAUGAGGAGCUGCUGCGCUAUUUAUCCAAAGUCCUUCAGCUGAAGAAGAGUGAAAUAUUCUUUGAGAAUGGUUUCAAAUCCAGAGAAAAAGUCAUCAAGGUGGCUGCAGCUGUCAGCCAAGAGGAAAUCCUGGAGAAACUGAGGGUAGAGGCCACUGGAUGAUAUUGAUAUGACUUGUCUGUUUCCUUUGAGCAGAACGAUCCAGGUUACCUUUAACUCAUGAAAAAAAUAAUCACAGUUUGCACUUUGAAACUACCAGGUAUCAUAUUCACUCAAAUAUCCAGGUUCAUCAAAUAAAAUGUUAAAUAAUUUUUGUCUAUUUAGCAGUAUCAAAUGAUUUGCAUAUUUGUGUUAUAAUGACGAUACAAUGCUGAGAAUGUCGAAUGCAACCACAAACAUGGUUAUAAAAGAGUAAUGAUGAGACAAUGAUAAUUUUAUAUGUAUGUUGCAGUAUUAGGGUACACUGUAAACAAAAUGUAAAGUUACACUGCUUUAGUACAGUCCAUUAUAUAUUUUUUUCUUUCACACAUGCAGUGAAAUGAAGGCUUUAAAGUUCAGGGCAAUUAUCCUGCCUUUUUAAAAGAAUAAAAUAAUGACCACUACAGCACCUGAUGUCCUCUGCCAGUGACAAAUAUGUUUAUUAAAGAGAAUCAAAUGAUCAGAGAUUUUAUAUUAAGCCAGAAGCCCAUCAAUGGAUUCUCAAAAUGUCUCUGUUUUGGAGUUUCUGCUUUUGUAUUUAGGUUUAAGAUUAUACAAGUAGAAGCAUUUUUGUUACUUUUCAAUAAUGCAUGACUUAUUGUGUUCUGAAUUAAAAGAUACUGAAGCCAUUAGCUUUCAUUCAGAACUUGAGGUUGUGUUAAGUGAUCUUCACUCAGUAAUGUUUGAAAAGACAAAUUAAUUAUACACUAAGCCAGUGGCUGAGCUAUUGGCCUUCCAUGGUCCGAAGCCUGGCCACCCCAUUGGCCACCCCACUCGCAAUUGCUGUUUUAGUCAUUUUUUAGCACAAUUUAGUUUUUUAGAGGUGAAGUCAUAACAUGUGCGCACACCAAGGUCGCAGCACCUCUCCGUCCUGGAUGUUAUUGUACCCCAUAGUCCGACAAUAUAAAAGUGCCUUCCGAACAUUUCUGUGCAACCACAGACUGGUCGCUUGCACCUGCCUGGCCACCCCUUUGAAAAACUCCUGGCCCCGCCCAUGCACUAAGCAUAAUUACAGAUGCUUUUUAACAUCACAUACAGACAUUUUUAGUGCAAAAUCAAACUUGUUUGCAUCGCAAAUCAGCUGAGCUUACAAAAUGCUUGAAAAGCAAAUAAAUAAUUUAAAUAAAUUAAAAUGAGACAUGAAACAGUAUUCUUUGGUUUAAUUUGGCUUACUAAGGUUCAGAUUAAAUUCGAGAUGAAAAUACCAAUUUCUUUUAUGAUUAAGUAACAUUUGAUGGCACCCCCCACCAUUAAGAGAGAGAGAGGAGAGGGAAAUUCAUUAAAGGCUGAAAAAUGUUUGCAUUUAAUCAUGUUUGCAAUAUAUCACUUUAUAAUAUUUCAAAAAUUCACUUAUUUGCUACAUUCAAUAGAGUUUUGCAAUAUAACCAAUUCAUAAAUGGGAAUUAAGGUUAUUUGUCUUUUCCUAGAGCCCAUUCUGUUACUUAUUAAACUGGUAUUGCACAGGGCUUAUUUUCAUUUAACUUUUAUUUUCAGAUACAAAUUUAUUAGGACUUGUUAAAUAUAAAAUUAGUUGAUAGAAAUGUCUUAAUCUGUAAUAACUCACACUUGUUAUACAAAAAAUAAAAGAAUGGUUGUAGAGGUAAAAUACCUUUUAUUUGAUUAAUUACCAUAAAGGGUUACUGGGUCCUGAAUGAACAAUUUGUUCAACAGGUCAUCAGCUGGGUAAUGCACCACCUUUAGUGCUACAUUAGACAGAUGAUGGCAGUUCUGUCUGACACAACAGAUUUGAUAUUUAUAGAAACUAUUAUAUACAGUGGGGUCCACAACUCUGAUACCACUUUGUAAAACUGGUAUUUAAA